AUGGUACCAAAAAAUUACCAAUUUUUUGUACACAGUAGACGAUGGUCCCUUGAAAAAUUCUCCUUUUUUCCAGUUCAACAACGUGUACGUCCAACUCGCCCAACCGCUACAACACCCAUCUUUGGAGGUUCUGACUCUAAUAACAUUCAUCAAACAGUGAAUCAAAGCGAAUAUGCUCCAAAACGUUCAGAAAGAGCUGAGGCUGUUAGGUCAAAAACUUCAGACCUUUGGAAGAAUGUAAACGGUACAUCGCUUGAAAAAAGUGGAGUUAAUGCAGAAUAUGGGAAAGGAGGAGGGAGAGGUGAAAGGCCAGUAGCUGCACGCCCUCGUGAAUCAAACAUCCUUCGUGGGGAAGGUCCAUUUCAUGUGGAAACAAAUCAGCGUUCUGAAUAUGGACCUAAACGAGGGGAGAGAUUUGAGGCUAAACGACCUGUUGAAUCCGAGAUUUGGAAGAAUGAAGGCCCAAAUGAACAUACAACAGUGAAUAGAAGUGAGUAUAAGGGAGGCCGUGGAGAUCGCUUUGAGGCUAAACGACCAGUUGAAAAUGAGAUUUGGAAGAAUGAAGGCCCAAAUGAACAUACAACUGUAAAUCGAAGUGAAUAUAAGGGAGGCCGUGGGGAAAGAUUUGAAAUGCGAAAACCUCCAGAUUCUGAUAUUCUACGUGUUCAAGGACCCUUCGAAUCCCUAAGUGUUGCACACAGUGAAUAUGCUCAAAGAGGCCCAGGGGAACGCUUUGAAAGCCGAAAACAAGGAGAAAAUGAAGAAAUUUGGCGUAAUGAAGGAAGAAUGGCUGCUGAAGGUUCUGUCAGCAAAAAUGAUUAUCAACAUGAAAAAGGAAAGAGGGGUGAUCGACAUCCAAUGCAUCGUCCAAAGGAUACGGAACUUUUUGAUCGUAGCGGCAAAAUUGGAGAAGAAAGAACAGUUAAUGCUACCGAAUAUUCGCAUACCCGUGGAGAGCGUGCUGAACGAAAAGUGCCACAACCUUCAGGAAUAUUUCAACCACCUCCAGGAUCAGAAUUUGCUCCAGAAAGUACUGUCACUCGAGAGCAUUAUGGUCACAAAGAAUUGGUAGAGAGAGCCCAUCCAGUGCCCCGACGGUCAGAGUUUGUGUUGGCAGGGCCGGAAGAAUCCUUCAAUAAAUCCACCAAUUACAACGACAAUUUCCAACAAAUUCCUUCGGAUACUUAUGCUUCCCGCCCUGCGGCAGUACGCCCAUCUACAGCAUUAAAAUUGCAGGGUGAUAGAGAAUUUAAGAGUGGAUAUGGGUCAGAAUUUACAAAUAAAUUAGCUGGGCCGUGUCCAGCUGGGGAAUUGGUGGAAACUUUGAAAGGCCAUGCAUGCAAAUCUGAGGACAAAAAUGGAAGUCAUACGGAUACAAACAACUUCCACUUCCAUUCAGUAAAUAAAGGCCAUCAUAUGUAUAGAUCAAAGGAAAAUUUGGCUGAGGCUUGA